ACGCCUGCGUUUCCUUCCAAGGUGUCUCGCGCUGCCGCAGACGGGACCUCCGGCGAACCAAAAGGGGCUUGUGAGCGGAAACAAGCGCCAAACAACAGGCGAACAAGCAAGUAUUUUCUUAUAAAGACAAUAUCGAGGAAAUUCCUGAGAUAUACACGCAGCGAAGGAGAGCAUGCGUACCGCAGCCGCGGCGCUCAGCGGCCUCCUUUCGCUAGUGCCGCCGCGGCGGGUUUGAGGACUCCGGAUAAGCUCGCUCGCCAGGAUGGAGCGCUCUGGGCUUGGACGGCAACUCGGAGCUGCUGUACCGCCGCACCAUGUCCGACUCGGCUGAUCGCGAGACUCUGCAGCCCCAAAUCUGGUCUCACCUCUCCGUCUCAUCUCGCCGCCGUCCCACCUCCGCAUUCUUCGUCCUGCCAACGGACGCCUCUGCUCUUAUCAAAGCUUAUAUGCGUUAUAUUAUUGCACGGACUGUUACAGUAUUGAGAUAUUUCAUGUUCCAUUGGCAAAGGAGGCUAGUUUUACGCAGCGGGGUUUGCCUAAUUUUCGCGAAGGUGGCAGAGGCGUGUUUGUCGGUUCGUGCGGUUUACGCGCUGGCUGUAAUGUUUGUAUACGCACAGACCGUGUUUGUGUGUACGCUUGCGGUUUAGCUGAAGAAAAACAGAACUGUGUGGACCUUUUGUUAUGCAAUAGCAAAUCCAAAGAAAAUAAUACGAACAUUAGGAUAUUCUGGCAAGUUGCGUCCAAAAUGAGGUGGACAGCUUUCUCGAAGGUUUAAUCUUUUGGUUACACAUCCAGAAGGUGUCUGGAAAGGAUAACACAGAAAUAAACUUUUGCUCCCGGAUUGUAACAGACGUGUUUCAUUCCAUUCGCCUACGGAUAAUUUUUUUUCCAGUAUUCAGGCGUCGAUAUUUUAUGUCGUUCUAUAAGAAUUUAUUAUAUGCAAGAUAGUCACCUUGCUUUUUGUUUAAGAGGAAAGCACAUAAACUACUAUUUAGUAAUAUUUAAUAUUUACUCACUACAAAAGCACAUUAUCAAAACAGCUCCAACAAAAAAAAACAUUUUUUUUAAAGCGCAGAAUCUUAAAUCCCGGCAACCGUAUCUUGGACUCCGGCGCUUGGCAUGCACUGAGGAUGUGCGCCGCGAGGUUCGGAGGGAUCGCAAAUGGCUGCGGGGACGAGGCUAGCAACGGGACCGGACCGGCCACCGCGUCCCGGAUGUUGGACUGGGCCGAGGCCGGCUCGCGGAUCCUGCACAGCCUCGAGAUCGGAACCGUCAUGACGGUGUUCUACCAGAAGAAAUCGCAGAGACCGGAGAGGAGAACCUUCCAGAUAAAACUGGACAUGCGGCAGAUUGUGUGGAGCAGAAAUCCUGACAAAAUCGAAGGCGAGAUUGACAUCGGGGAGAUUAAGGAGCUCCGUCUGGGGAAGGGCUCCCGGGAUUUUGAGCGUUACCCUGAGGAGGCGCGCAAGCUGGACUCCUCCCUCUGCUUCAUCGUCCUCUACGGCCUCGAGUUCCGCCUGAAAACCCUGAGUGUGGCCGCAUUCAGUGAGGAGGAGGUGAAUAUGUGGGUGACGGGGCUUAACUGGUUGAUGGCGGACUCUGUGAGGUCAUCGGCCCCACAGCACACAGACAGGUGGCUGAAGAAGCAGUUUGACCUCAUGGACCGUAACCAGGAGGGAAGUAUCACAGCCAAGGAUGUGAAGGCCCUGCUUCCUCAGAUCAACUACAGGGUGCCCAACAUGCGCUUUCUCAAGGACAAACUGCAGGAAGUGGAGGCGCGCUCUGAACUCUCUUUUGCACACUUCGCUCAGCUGUAUAGAACACUGAUGUUCGACACUCAACGCAUCAUUAUUGAGCAGCUGGAGCUGUCCUUCCCCCUCCGGAAUGUGGAUCGCCCAGAACUGUGCCAGAUCUCCUUAUACGACUUCCAGAAGUUCUUGCAGCUGGACCAGAAGGAAUCAUGGGCCUCAGACACAAAUCGAGUCAGGGAGUUCCUUUUGGGGUACCUGAAGGGGGGUGCCCCAACAGAGCCCUCCCUGCAGCUGGAUGAGUUCCUCACCUUCCUGUUCUCCAGGGAGAAUUCUGUGUGUGAGCUGCGUCCUGCACCGGUGUCUCCUGAGGAGAUGAAGAGGCCCCUGUCCCAGUACUGGAUCUCCUCGUCCCACAACACGUAUCUGACAGGUGACCAGUUCUCCAGUGAAUCGUCCCUGGAGGCCUAUGCCCGAUGUCUUCGCAUGGGUUGCCGCUGCAUUGAGUUGGACUGCUGGGACGGACCUGACGACCUGCCAAUCAUCUACCAUGGCCACACCCUCACCUCCAAGAUCAAGUUCCUGGACGUCCUGCACACCAUCAAAGAGCAUGCCUUCGUCACGUCAGAGUACCCGGUCAUCCUGUCCAUAGAGGACCACUGCAGCGUGGUCCAGCAGAGGAACAUGGCGACUCACUUCAAGAAGGUGUUUGGUGAGCUGCUGCUGACCAAACCGGUGGACCUCACCGCUGACGAGCUCCCGUCGCCCUACCAGCUCAGACGCAAGAUCCUCAUAAAGCACAAGAAGCUGGCGGAGGGGACGCUGUACGAGGAGGUGACCUCCGGCAGCUACUCUGAGAGCGACAUCAGCAACUCCCUGCGCAACGGCAUCCUCUACCUGGAGGACCCCAUCGACCAUACCUGGACUCCUCACUACUUUGUUCUGACCAGCAAAAAAAUCUACUACUCUGAGGAGACAUCCCGUUACCAAAGCAAUGACGAAGAGGAGGAAGACGAGAGCAAGGAGGAGUGCAAUAAUAACCAGCAGCACUGCGCGGAGCGCUGGUUCCACGGGAAACUGGGCGGGGGUCGGGACGGGCGCCAGGUGGCGGAGAAGCUGCUGCAGGAGUACUGCGAGGGCGCGGCCAAGGACCAGGAGUACGGCGAGGGCGGGGCCAAGGUCGGGGCCAAGGACGGGACCUUCCUGGUGCGCGAGAGCGAGACUUUCGUGGGAGACUACACCCUGUCCUUCUGGCGUUCUGGGCGUGUGCAGCACUGUCGGAUCCACUCCCGCCAGGAGGCGGGCUCCACCCGCUAUUACCUGACGGACAACCUGGUGUUCGACAGCCUGUUCCGCCUCAUCUGCCACUACAGGGACACGCCCCUGCGCUGCAACGAGUUCGAGAUGAGGCUGGCAAGCCCCGUGCCCCAGCCCAACGCUCACGAGAGCCGGGAGUGGUUCCACUCCAACCUAUCCCGUGUGCAGGCUGAGCACAUGCUGAUGCGCGUGCCGAGAGACGGGGCCUUCCUGGUGCGCAAACGCAGCGAGCUCAACUCCUACGCCAUCUCCUUCAGGGCGGAGGGGAAGAUAAAGCACUGCCGGAUCCAGCAGGAGGGCCGGCUCUUCAUGCUGGGCAGCUCCGCUGAGUUUGAGAGCCUGGUGGACCUGGUCAGCUACUACGAGAAGCACCCGCUGUACCGCAGGAUGAGGCUGCGCUACCCCAUCAAUGAGGACACGCUGGACCGCAUGGGCACCACGGAACUGGACUACGGCGCUCUGUAUGAAGUCCGUACCCCGCACUUCUACGUGGAGGCCAACAAGAUGCCAACUGCCCGGUGCACGGUCAAGGCUCUGUACGACUACAGGGCCCAGAGAGAGGACGAGCUGUGCUUUCCCAAACAGGCCCUGAUCCUCAACGUGGACAAGCAGGAGGGAGGCUGGUGGCGUGGUGACUACGGGGGAAAGAAGCAGCUCUGGUUUCCGGCCAACUACGUGGAGGAGGUGCCGAGCUCCCCCACGCGCGAGCAGGACGAGGCGUCCUCAGAGAACAGCCCUCUGGGCACGUUUCUGAAAGGAUAUAUAGACGUGCCGACCUGCCAAUUGGUGGUGCAGAAGGAGGGCCGGAGCAGCAGGCCCUAUGUCUUUACGCUGCACUGCCAGCAGAUGUCCUCGCACCCGGUGCAGACGCUGGACGUGGCCUCCGACUCUCUGGAGGACCUGGAGGGCUGGGUGGCCAAGAUCCGCGAGGCCGCCCAGAACGCCGACGCACGGAUGCAAGAGGAGAAGCAGAUGGAGAGGAGGAAGAAGAUCGCGCUGGAGCUGUCUGAGCUGGUGGUGUACUGCCGGCCCGUCCCCUUCAACGAGGAGAAAAUCGGUACGGACCGGACCUGCUGCAGGGACAUGUCCUCCUUCCCGGAGACCAAGGCGGAGAAGUUUGCUACGCGCAGCCGCGGGCGGAAGUUCCUGCAGUACAACCGCAGGCAGCUGUCCCGGGUGUACCCCAGGGGCCAGCGCCUGGACUCCUCCAAUUACGACCCCCUGCCCAUCUGGAUCUGCGGCUCUCAGCUGGUGGCCCUCAAUUUCCAGACCCCAGAUAAGCCCAUGCAGCUGAACCAGGCCCUGUUUACGCUGGGCGGGGGCACUGGCUACGUCCCGCAGCCUGAUGUUAUGAGAGAGGAGAGCUUUGACCCCUUCGACAAAGACACCCUGCGACUGGAGCCAAUCACCAUCCAGCUGCAGGUGCUGGGCGCCCGUCACUUGCCCAAAAAUGGGCGUAGCAUCGCGUGCCCCUUCGUGGAGGUGGAAGUGUGCGGCGCGGAGUACGACUGCAGCAAAAGCAAGACCGACGUUGUGGCUGAUAACGGUUUAAACCCGGUUUGGGUGCACAAGCCCUUUGUGUUUGACGUGCGCAACCCGGCCUUCUCCUUCCUGCGCUUCGUGGUCUAUGAGGAGGACAUGUUCAGUGACCCCAACUUCCUGGCCCAGGCCGGGUUCCCCAUACAGUCCCUCAAAACAGGGUUCAGGAGUGUCCCUCUAAAGAACAGUUACAGUGAGGACUUGGAGUUAGCCUCCCUGCUGAUUCACAUUGAGAUUGUCAACGCCAAGGAAGAAGAUGAUGAGAACCUGUAUUCCUCGAUCCAGAGGCUGAGAGACCGCACCAACGAGCUGUCCAAUCAGGUGACGGUGCUCGAGAGGGCGGGGUCAGCUGACCUCAGCUACCAGCAGAGCCUGGAUGAGCUGCGGGCAGCACAGGACCAGCUCACUGAGCUGAUGGACGCUAGGAACCGCAGGCUGAUGGAGAAAAAGUCACGGGAGAAGCUGAGGCAGCAGAUGGGGGCCAGACGAAGUUAAACCUCCGGCCACCAGGUGGCGGUAUCAGACUGAGGGCUAAAGGCGCAGGGGCCUUACGCACAGCUAUAAUGCCUGACCUGACCUGCAGGAAACAAACUCGGGAACAUGCAACUGGACAACUUAGGACAAUCUAGGACUACACAGGAAACCACGAGACUGAAGUGGACUACAUAGGGCUCUACUACACCGUACCGCAACGACCAGCCAAUCGCACGCUCUUCAGAGAUGCACCUGGCCGUCAAACGUCAAAAUGCACAGUGAAGGAAAAAAAAAUAAAAUAAAAUAAUGAAAAGAAAAAAAAAAAAAAAACCUUAAAGGGAAGGAUUAAACCUCAGGUUAAUAAUGUUUCUGUGGUGAAACACAGCAGAAAAACAGCACAGUGAUCCGAAGAGAUCUUAAAGGGAACCAAACAACAUACUCAGAAAAGGGAAUAUAUGAAACAAGCUGGGGAAGUUUGUGCCUUUACUCCACACUAUAUAUAUAUAAACCGUCUGUGAGUCUUAGUAACACACAGUGUGGACGUGGACUGACUCCAUGUCUUUAUAUUGUACCUGCUCGCUCUCUGCAGACAGCCUGGGUUUAGCAGCUGGAGGGAAAUGUCCACCAACCCCUCUCUCCUUCACCGGAAAACAAAUCUGAAGGAAUGAGAACCACUUCUUUCAAUGUAAUGUUGCUUAUUUGUGAGGGCUAUUCAG